UUGAAUAUACUGAGUAGAUAUACGGAGAGUAGUCCUGAUUUGAGCUCAACUGCUCAAGAAAUGAGUUCCAUAUAUAUAACAGAGCCCCCUACUAAAGGAAAGGUAGUUAAUCCAGCAGCAGCUGUAUUAGUGACUACUGGCCCCUCCCCUCAGGUACUAUUAAAGACCACACUGGGUGAUAUUGAUAUUGAACUGUGGUCCAAAGAGGCUCCUCUGGCCUGUCGUAACUUCAUACAAUUGUGUUUAGAAGAUUAUUAUAAUGAUACCAUAUUCCACAGAGUCGUUUUUGAGUUUGUAGCUCAAGGUGGUGAUCCCACUGGUACAGGAGAAGGUGGUGAAUCUAUUUAUGGUUCGCCAUUUAAAGAUGAGUUUCAUCAGAGACUCAAGUUCAAUAGACGUGGUCUAGUGGGAAUGGCCAAUGGAGGAAAGAAUGAUAAUACCUCACAGUUCUUUAUAACGCUGGGAAGAACUGAUGAACUUAAUAAUAAGAAUACAUUAUUUGGGAAGGUGAGGGGUGUGGCUAAUAAUGGUUGAUGGGCGGAGUUUAUGUUAAUUAAUUAAUAUUGUGUUGUAGG